CCCCACCUCACGGACCAUCCCCCAUCUGGCGGCUCCUUUCAGCGAUACAGCUCCCGGCCAUACAACAGAGGCAGUCACCGCUGAUGAAGACAAUGAUUACAGUUUAAACAUUUCCAGAAAAGCUGGAUUAAACUUCAUUUCGUGCAUGAGGAGUGUUACUCUGCUGCAGACCGCCACAGCCUGAAGCCACGCUGCCAAAUCUGGGACCAUGUCUGGAGCCUACGACGAGACCGCCAGCCAGGAGGAGACCACAGACAGUUUCUGGGAGGUUGGGAACUACAAGCGUUCGGUGAAGCGGAUUGACGAUGGUCAUCGGCUCUGCAAUGACCUGAUGAACUGCAUCCAGGAGCGUGCCAAAAUCGAGAAAGCCUACGCACAGCAACUGACCGACUGGUCCAAGAGAUGGAAGCAGCUGGUGGACAAAGGGCCUCAGUACGGCACAGUGGAGCGAGCUUGGAUGGCAGUGAUGACUGAGGCGGAGAAGGUGAGCGAGCUUCACCAGGAAGUGAAAAACAACCUGAUCAACGUAGAUUUUGAGAAGGUGAAGAACUGGCAGAAAGACUCGUACCACAAGCAGAUGAUGGGAGGAUUCAAGGAGACCAAAGAGGCAGAGGAGGGUUUCAAAAAGGCCCAGAAACCCUGGGCCAAAAAGCUAAAAGAGCUCGAGGCUGCCAAGAAGACCUUCCACAUGGCCUGCAAAGAGGAGAAGCUAGCGUCCACCAGAGAGGCCAACAGUAAGGGAGAGACCCCGAUGCCCGCUGACCAACAGAAGAAACUCCACGAGAAAUUGGACAAGUGCAAACAGGACUCCCAGAAGGCCAAGGAGAAGUAUGAGAAGGCUCUGGAUGAGCUGAGUAAGUGCACUCCGCAGUACAUGGAAAACAUGGAGCAGGUGUUCGAUCAGUGCCAGCAGUUUGAAGAGAAGAGGCUGAGCUUCCUCAGGGAGGUGCUGCUGGACGUCAAACGCCACCUCAACCUCACAGAAGACCAAAGUUACGCUGCAGUGUACAGAGACCUUGAACGCGUCAUCACAUCAGCCAGCGCGCAGGAAGAUCUGAAGUUGUUCAGCAACAUCCACGGACCUGGCAUGCACAUGAACUGGCCACAGUUUGAGGAAUACAAUCCAGACCUUACCCAUCACAUCUCUAAGAAAGAAAAGUCAAAGAAGAGCAGUGAUGGAGUCAUGCUGACUAACGUCAACACAGUAGUAGAUCAUGCUCAAGCUGGUGACCGAGGAAGUGUCAGCAGCUACGAGAAGAACCAGGCAUACACGGCCUCCACGGAGUGGUCAGACGAGGACCAGACAGCGCCGAACUCAGGCAAUGACACCAACGGAGGGACGAACCCCUUCGAGGAAGAUGCGGGCAAAGGUGUGAGAGUUAGAGCGCUGUACGACUAUGACGGCCAGGAACAGGACGAGCUCAGCUUCAGAGCAGGCGAUGAGCUGACGAAGCUGGAGGAGGAGGACGAACAGGGCUGGUGUAAAGGUCGUCUAGACAGCGGCCAGCUGGGUCUUUACCCGGCCAAUUACGUGGAGCCGAUCUAGCCCCUCCAAGCUGAGGGCGCUUGUCUCGUCGGAGGGCAAACCCAGACUGAAACCGUCCGGUCAUUAACUGCACAUUGCCACAGACUUGAAAGCAAAGCUUCCUCUUCCCCCCGUCGGGCACAGUGAGCUGUCUUCAUCUCAGCGCUCAUCACAGAGACGAUUUUACUGAAACAUGAUCUGUUCAGGAUCACAUCAUCUUCAACCGAAGCAAAAUAUUUUAGUCUCUUUUGUGUGUAGCCGUGUUUGAUUUCAGAUGUGAUGCUAACAUGCCAUACAGUAUGUCCUCUCAUCGUAAUAUUGAUAUGGUAUCGUCGGUCGUGCCUGGAUAGUGAGAAUGAGCUACGCAUUGUGCAUUUCAUGUAUAUAUUUUAAUCUUUUUUUACAGUCUGGAUGCUUGUACAGUUUUCCUCGUUGGAUACAGUGUUUUCUUUGUGAAAUAUUUACAUGUUUAGCAGUGAAGGAACCGCUUGGCAUUUUGGAAAAUGUGCUUAUUGAAUUACUUCUUGAGAGUUCAAUAAGAAGAUACCACUCCCAUAUUUUCAGUAAAUAUGAGGCUACAGGCAGAAGCUGGUUAGUUUAGCUUAGCACAAAGAGCUACACUGGUACCAUAAACCAUAGACAUAUAUACAUAGACGCUGCAUUGAGCGCUG